GUGUCUUAACCAGGGCACUGCAGCUUUGGGGAAGAGUCAGUGGGUCGGCAGCACUGCGUCCCCAACCCUCCCGCUCUGUUCCGAAAUGGGAAGCAGCUUCCUGUUCGCUGGGAAACUGGCAGACCGAUGCGAUUGUCAAGUCGCUGCUGUCCCAUGAGGCAGGUGGCUUCAGGUGAGUCGGGCAAGCGAGCCCAGCCACGGACGCGGAGAGGACUGCAGGAUCCUGGGAUCUGGCAGUCAGCCAUCCCUUGAAGACUUGGGCAGUGUGACAAAAAAUUGGCAGGAGAGGGAAGAGAAGGUUUUGGGUUUUUGUUAAUCUCACGCCCCCUGCCAGGUGACCCUGGAGAAGUGCUCCAUGUGCUCGAAGCCCAUCAUGGAUCGGAUCCUGCGGGCGAUGGGCAAAGCCUACCACCCGCAGUGCUUCACCUGCGUCGUCUGCCACCGCUGCCUGGACGGGAUCCCGUUCACCGUCGACGCCACCAGCCAGAUCCACUGCAUCGAAGAUUUCCACCGGAAAUUUGCCCCCCGGUGCUCCGUGUGCGGAAAUGCCAUCAUGCCCGAGCCGGGACAGGAGGAGACGGUGCGGAUCGUGGCCCUCGACCGCAGCUUUCACAUCAGCUGCUACAAGUGCGAGGAGUGUGGGCUGCUGCUCUCUUCUGAAGGGGAGGGCCGAGGCUGCUAUCCCCUGGACAGCCAUAUCCUCUGCAAGAACUGCAGCGCACGGCGGAUCCAAGAUCUCUCCUCCAAGAUCACCACCGACUGCUGAUGGGGGGGUUACCUCGGCCUCCUCCUCCUGGGGGUGCCCCGGGUUGGGGCCUCGUGGGCUGCUCUACUUCGCACCCCUCUCAGGCGCCCCCUUCAAAGAAAAGAUCUCAUUGCUCUAAUGCAGUGUUUCUCAACCUCGGCCAUUUUAAGAUAUGUGGACUUCGACUCCCA